AUGAAUUCGGAAGAUGCUUCCCUAACAACGGACAACAUCUUGGACAGAGAACAACAAAGUAAUACUACCAGCCCUGUCUUUGCAACAAAUCAUGAAGGGUCCCUGCAAGUUCCUAUUCCAUGUGCUGUGCUGAAUGUGGUCUUCAUCACCAUUUUGGUCAUAACUCUUAUUGCUUUAUCAGUGGGCCACUACAAUUGUCCAGCCCAAUAUGUGUCUCCAGAACCAUCAAACAGCCAUAUUUCUUCAUGCUCAGAUGAUUGGAUUGGAUAUCAGAGGAAAUGCUACUUUAUUUCCAAUAUAGCAAGUAAUUGGACUUUGGCCCAAAACUCUUGCUUGAAACAUGGUGCUACUCUUGCUUUCAUUGAUUCUGAAAAGGACAUGAUCUUUUUAAAACGAUAUGUGGGUCGAGCUGAACACUGGAUUGGGCUGAAAAAUGAAGUCAAUCAGACUUGGAAAUGGUCAAAUAACAAAGAAUUUAACAACUGGUUCAAUCUAACAGGAUCAGGGAACUGUGCCUUCCUGAAUAGCAUAGAGGUCAGCAGCACAGAUUGUGGAAAGAAUUUACACUGGAUUUGUAGCAAACCCUUCAAAUAA